AGUUUCAGAGUCUGUCGUAAUGGCAGCAGAUUCUCCUAAUUGCCUGGGACAAACACAGUGAAAGCUGGCAGACUGGUCUAGGAGUGUUGUAAUGCGGCAUUGUAUAAAGCACAUCUUUUACCCCAAAAAGGAAAAGGGGUGUUACAAAAGUCGGGAAAUUAAAGGUUAAGGUUUGCUGAGGCUUUUCACUCCUGCUUAAAUUGGCAUAAGCAUGCACACCUACAGAAUUUGUGCAACACGAAGGAAUGUAUUCGAGUGCGUGUACUGCUUUUUGCAUAUGUUAACAAGCUGAGAAUAAUGUUUUGUAUUAGCUUUGUUAUAUUUGGUUAGCAGGUAAGAGCUUGGUUUGUGUCACUAAGUGCUGUCUUCAAGAAGAGCAAAGACAAAUUAAACCAACUUUAGGUUUGACUUGAACGUUUCUGGAAGGUGAGACUUAACGUUACCAUUAUUUUUCCAAAGCAUCCUACAGCCUAAGUUGAACUUUUCCUAACUUUUUAAAAUUGCAUUUUAAGGGGAAGGAUUCAACAAAAUUAAUAUUGCAGUCGGGAGGCUGGCAGUUGAAAGGACAGUAUCUUUUCUAAAGGAGUUUAGGCCGCUAGUCCUGCAGGCAGCACCUUAUCCUUACUAAGGGCACUGGCUGUGUGGGCUUGUUUAUCCAGUGUAUUAUCUCAGGCUAAUUUACCUUCCUAGAUGAAGGGGUGGUGAUUAUCUGUUUCAUAUUGACUCGCCCGUCUGAGUUAUUGACUCUCCUGUUUACACAGCGUGGAUGCUUCGUGGAUGAUCCAAUUUGUAUUGCUGUGCACAUCAACAGUCACCGUCGCCCACCUUGUGUUCCCAGCCCCAUCUCUAAUGAUGGGCUUUUGAAAGAGUGCUUUGAGCUGAGUGUGGGCUCUUAUCACUGGGAGAUUAGUUCCUAUCUGAGCACCGCAAUCCAUUUGGAUGUUUUUGUCUUUGCCCCUUUACAUCUCUUGAGCGUGUAACAGCAACUUUCAGUUCAUUGGAGGGGAGGAGGCCAAACUCACAAGUCUGCAGUUUAAAGAUAGUGCUUCCCUUUGAGAGUUUUAAUCCGUUUCAAACAAGUUAACGGAAAGGCCAGGUUUCUCUCUGAGCUGAAAAGAUUGCUAUUUUUGUAAUUAAUUUAACUGGUUGCCUGUUUCUUUGCACUAGAGUGGCCAGUGGUGCGACCAUUUAUGGGGCUGAGUGCCAUGUUGGUAGGAGUUGGAGCGACUGUUGCGCAGAGCUGUUCCUAUUCUUGCAAAGGUAGUGCUGCAUUGACACGUUCUGGUUGGAUUAUUAAUUGCAGAGUACAUAGGCCUUUGAGAAAUCAAUAAAAGAAUAUGCAACGUGCAAAUACGGUGCUCGAGAACACUAAAUAAUGUCAAAUUUCUUUUUUUUUUUUUUCUCUUGGGACUUGGCCUCAGGGUGGUGAAAUGUUUCAGUCAUUGUUUCAUGGUUUCGUAUUCCUAUUAACUAGCAGUAUUAAGAAAGGAAGCCCACCACCAUGAUGUGUGACUCAGCAGGGCUUGUUUUUUAUCCGCUGCUGGGGAACAUCUCACUUGUAAAUAACCAUCGUGAGCUACAAGCUCAUCAGUCCAAAACAGCUAAGUCCCAUUCCACUCUAAACCAUGUAGUGAAUCUUCAAGUAUUUCCAAAGUAGGGGAAAAAAAAGGUACAUUGAAAAUUAAUGGCUUUUAAAUGGUGUCGUUCUUCUCCAGUUUAACUUUGGAAGCAGAAGUGUUACGGUGCGAGCUUUGACGUGCGUGCUAAGAUUUAAGCAGUCCUCUGUGGCACAUCACUUGCCAGCUUCCAUCCAAUAAAUCUGCCUUGUACCAUAAUGGCUGUUCUGCUCGUACCUGGAACAGUUUUGUACCUUGGUCACCAUUUGGUUUGGUUGGGUUGGGUUUGAACAGUGCUCCUUCCUAUUAGCUCAGAGGAUCUUCUCUUAGAAGGUGCAGGUAGGGAAGAAGGAUCCUUCAUUUUCACAGAGUUUGCGCACACGUGGAUGGAACUUGAUUAUUUUUUUUUUGUGGAGAUUCUGGAUUUUCAUAACUGGAAUUUAAUUCAACUUCAGUACCAGAUAGAAAGAGAAGGAAAUCUGAAGUCACCUGGCACUAAUUAGUAUUGUCUUGCUGACCAAAGAAGGUAUAAAUUAGUUAAUGUUUGGAUUUAAGCACAUCAGUAGUGCUGAAAACAAAUAGUACUGUAUAUUGUAGGUGUGUUGGAGGCAUGGCAGAAAAACUAAAAUCCACUGCAAAGGAAGGAGACGUUCACUCAGAAGGCAAGAACUCACAUUUCAUGUAGAUACCAGACAAAAGUCUGCCUUAGCAUUCACAUGUUUGUGAUAAAAGAUGGUUAUCCUAGCAGCAGCAGGAGAAUGGUGCAGCUUUUAAGCUUCUAACAGAAAUCUGAAUGAGAAAUGAGAGUUAGGUUAGUGAUGCCGUGACUCUGACUUCCCAUUCACUUAGCAGCUCUUCCAUGAUAAUUUCAGCCUGAGUUGACCUAUUUGUAUUAAUUCUGGUGCAGAAAUUGUUCUCUGCGGAUCACAGAGGGCGCCCUCUGCUUUGAGACACAGUGAUUCAGGCAGAGCUGUGCCUUUUUCAAAUGAGGAUAAAGAUUUGAAGGCUCUCUGAAGGCUUUUUUUCCCCCUUCAUUUUAAAAAUCGGCCUGUCCCCCCCCCUUUUUAUUUUAUUUUACACAUAAAUCCUCCUACUGCCUUGAUCUGCUGCUUUUACAGGUUGGAAUCAGCAAAUACAUCCUCUGAUGAAAUUUCUCUGGAUAUUGGGGAUUGCCUUUGUACUCAGUCGUGGCCCGUGUGCGUACAAAGUGCAUUCUUGCAGUGUAGGCCUCUCUUUGUGUACCGAGAAUUUAUGUACACAAACACUGAUCAAAUGGAGCUUCCCUGGGAGCAGCAAUGGGUGUAGGUGUUCGCAGUCCGCCCUUUGUUUUGUCAUGUUGCUAAAUAGUUCUUUGCCCCGUGUCAUACAGAUUUAAUUUAGCAGGAACGUAGGUCUGCGUGGUCCAUGCUUGCAUUCCCAAUUUUGAUGCUGUUUUCCACGAACUGAGGCCCUACACCACGUCCCCCAGCGGAAGAGCCUUGUGGUGUGAACGUAAAACACAUCUGAAAUUGAGAAAUGAUGGAAUAUUUUCCACCAGCAAGGAAAUGGUGCUUUUGGUUGCUUUGUGUUUGAAUUCCCUUCCCUGAGAAACCUGCCCAGGUGGGGGCAGAGCAGCAGUCCCUUGCUGAAGGGAUCUAUUAACGUUAAUUAUUAUCUCCCGCUCGGAGAACUCUGAACAUUGCUGUUACUUUUUCUUUUUAAUCAACCCAUACGACAGCAGCAUGAUUCCCUGAUAUACUUCUUUAUUAAUCUCGAUUCUGCACAAAGGUGACACUUGUAAUGGCGCUGACCCUCAUCAGCAGAGGGUGUCUUCCCAAUAAACUGCACAUCUGAAUUUUCUUGGACUAGGUGUCUGGUUUCCUGCAGGGUCAUUGAAGCCUUUUGAGCUCCACUGACUGCAUACAGAGCCCAGAUAUAGAGGCUGGUGGGAGCACACCCCUGCCUUUCCAUGGGCUGGGAAGGUCGGCUGAUUUUUCUGAUAUGCUGCUCAACUACUGCACUUUCCAGGUAAGGAGAGGCAUCAAGGGCAAGAGCUAAAGUCUAAGAUGCAGUUUAAAGACACACACCUGCGUGAUCUGUUCAGAUUUAACAUGGUUAAAAUGGUUACCUCUAAAGACAAUCUUGGUAGGUGCAUACACUGAGUUCAUUGGUGGUACUGGGAUAAAUUGUGUCACUGAGUAAUUGCAGAUGGUUUCUUGCUUUGGGGGGGGGGGGCUUUUCCAUUUGUGUUAUAUAAAUUGCAGGAGCAUAAAGAUUUGACAGGAAUUCUUGUCGGUAGGAAAGCAGAAGGUUCUUCAGGUAAGCUGCCAGUGAACUGUGUUUUCUCAUGUCUCAGAGUGGAAGGUAUAGGAAGGAAACCACUGUAAGAGCAAAGGUUUUUGUGUCCCCUUGUGGUUUGCCAUAGUCCAGCUGGAACAAGCAGCCAGCAAGCAGUGUUCCCAAAGGCAUUCCAGCUUUCCCAAGCAGAAGCAGUCUGUCUCAUUUUUCGUCUCCCCUAACGCAAUCAAAGUUUGAAAAACAAACUUGAUUUAUAGCUGCAUUUCUGCAGAAAGCGUGAUUUAAUUUUUUUCAGCUGGCAUUGGUGAUGCAUUAUUUGAUGCCCUUAGUAUGUGCAGGAACCGGUUUGCUGCUCGUGUCAGUUGAGGUCGCAGCCCACGUGGUGAGAGGGGCUUAGUGAAGUUGCACCUUUCAUUCUCCAACCUUUAACUCCAGAAUCAGUUGUAGAACGAUGUUGGAGAGCUUUGUGUGCAUGUUUGGUUGUUUUAAAGCAGCAGUGGUACAAUGUCUUGGUGGGAAGGUAUGAAGACGAGCUGCUGGCUCUGUUCAAAAGCUGCAGCUGUAGAAAAGCUAUCAAGCUAUGAAAAGAUAGUAAUGAGUUUUCCCCACCUGAAAAGUUGUCUCACAUAUUAAAAGAAGAGGGAUGAGCGUAUGGGAAGCUCCAGUGGUCUGACUCUGCUUCUCCUGACCCCCUGUUACAGUUCCUGCAUUGAGAUUUCAAGUGAUAGCUGAUGCUAGCAAAAGGAGUAAGAGAGGCCAACAGAGUGAAGUCAGGAGAAUGCUGCAGCACGGCCACCAAGCAGCCCAGCUACUGACAGCCCUGCCUGCAGCGACCUCCAGCUGACAAACAUUCUUUUUAGAUUCUCUGCCUAAUUUCCUCCGCAAGGUUUUUCAGACAGUAGAUGGAGUCUGGUGACAAUGAAGGAGAUAAGAAUCAGCUGCUUUGUGGUUGUACGGGAGCUACGAUGUGCAGACCGAGAAUUGUGAACAGGAAAAAACAGCAGCUCAGGAAUCGCCCAUCUCACCACGCGCUCCUGAUGGCUUCAGAAGGUGGAAGGACACUCUCCCAGGAAGCAGCUGCCCGCGAGGAGCCCAGCACAGAGAAGCCCUAAACGGGACCUUCAGCAAAGCGGUGCUUGGAGAGUGAUGGUCUUAAAAUGAAAAGGUGCUGUGAGGGUGUUGGGCUGCCAUGCCUGUUUAAGGGUGUUGGUAUGGCCAGCUCCCGGCCUCCCAAGUACCUCCUGGUCUUCGAUUUUGAUGAGACCAUCAUCAACGAGAACAGCGAUGACUCCAUCGUGCGGGCGGCCCCGGGGCAGGCGUUGCCCGAGCACGUCCGGCAGAGCUUCCGCGAGGGCUUCUACAACGAGUACAUGCAACGCGUCCUGGCCUACAUGGGGGACCAGGGCGUCAAGAUGGGGGACUUCAAGGCCGUCUAUGAGAACAUUCCCCUGUCUCCCGGCAUGCCUGACCUCUUCCAGUUCCUCUCCAAGAACCACGAGCUCUUUGAGAUCAUCCUCAUCUCCGACGCCAACAUGUUUGGCAUCGAGUGCAAGCUGAGGGCGGCCGGUUUUUACUCCCUCUUCCGCAAGAUCUUCAGCAACCCGUCCAGCUUCGACAAGAGGGGCUACUUCACCUUGGGGCCCUACCACAGCCACAAGUGCCUUGACUGCCCAGCCAAUAUGUGCAAACGCAAAAUCCUGACGGAGUACCUGGCCGAGAGAGCGCAGGAAGAGGUGGAAUUCGAGAGGGUGUUUUACGUGGGGGACGGUGCCAACGACUUCUGCCCUUCCGUGACUUUGACUUCAGCUGACGUUGCUUUCCCACGGAAGGGCUACCCCAUGCACCAGAUGGCCCAGGAGAUGGAGAAUAAGAAGCCUGGAGCUUUCCGGGCCGCUGUUGUUCCCUGGGAGUCGGGUACCGAGGUUGCCCGCUAUCUGCAGGAGCUCCUCAAGAAGAAGUGCUGAGGAUGGAUGGCUCCGAAGAGCCUUGUUUACGAUAAGCAGCUGGGAAAGGAGAAGCCUGGGAGGUCGUGUCCUGUGCCCCGCGUCUAUUUGGCACUGCUCACUUGGACUCCCAUUCCUGGACUGCUUUCCUGCCUUCCUCUCCAAGCUCCUAUCUCCCAGUGAUUGAAGCACUUUCUCUCUCUCCCCACAUCCCUUUCUCUUCCCUCUGCCACACUGAGAUGAAGUCUUCUCUAUGCAGCUUAGACAGCUUCUCUGCUGUUGGUGGUUGGCAACACUAAUGGUAUGGGGUUUCCUUUUCCCUUUUUGGCUUCACGAGAGCAGUUCUUUACCAGCCAGGAGCCAGCUCUCCUGUAGGCUGAGCCCUGCACGUGCUUCCUCUUGACUUCACCCCGCUCGUCUCCUGCCCAUCUCCACUCUCCACACAGGAGCCGCGUGCUGUUGCCUUCAACCCGAUGCUCCAAGGGUUCCUUGCCUCUCCAGGAAGCCACCAGAAAUUCGCUCUGGGCAGUCUGUGCUGCCCAUGGUCCCCAGCUUGCCCUGCACCCCGCUCCUUGCUCAGCGGGUGAGCCUCUCCCAGGAGAGUUCAUUGUCCCUUCAGACUUUCUCCUCUGGAAAAAAAAAAUCAUGGGUAACGGGAAAGCUUUCGGAAGGUUGGUACCUUGCAAAAAUAAAGAACAACCCUCCUUUAGCUCCCAUUGCCCUCACCCCAUUUUUGGGGGGGGGUGGCAGAAUGGCCACAUCGUGCUGCGAGGAGGAAGACCUGACUUCACCUUCCUCUUCCUCUCCCCCCUAGGGCAGCAGCCCCCCAUGCAUCCCCAACACAGCCAGGUCAUCUCUAUGUGGCUCUCAUUGACUGCCCUGUAACCUCCUGCCCUGGUCCAGAGGUGCUGAAAUUCCCCCCAGCUGGAGAGAGAGGUGCUUUAGCACUUGUGGUAUCAGCUCCCCACAGGCUAAACCCUCUUACCCCACUGCAGUGUUAAUUGCCCAUUCUAAUUGCACUCCAUAGAGGGGGACUUGCAGUAUUUUGCUCUCUGGUGUUGGCUUUUCCUGGAUUUAUCCACAGCCUUAAAUGACCCCUGGGAGUGGCUUGUAAGUACUCCAAAGCAUAGAAACCCUGGCAACAAAUCAGAGCGACAAGGAAGUAACCAAAGUAGCCCUGAGUUGAUCCUCCUUUAUUUCAUUUCUCUCCCCUUUCUUUGUUCUUCCUUUUCUGGACACUGUUCAACUGUGUGGAACUUAAAGCCAUGGAAUUUAAAAAAAAAAAAAAAGCAUAUAUAUGUAUAUAGAUAUAUA